UGGGUGGCCUCAGAGGAGGCGAGGCCGCCCCUCUUGCCUCCAGUCGCUCUGCUAGGUCCCCAGGCUCUGCACAGGGACUUGGCACCGCUUCCCAGCAUCGCCUUUGCUCCUCUCCACAAGCAAACAAUUGCUCCUGGUUUUGCAUUUUCAUUUUCUUUCCAAAGGGGCAUUUUUUGCUAACCGGCCUCCCUGCUCUUCCAUUCCCCGCAAUGCUCUCCAUCAACAAGCAACUGCUAAGGAAAUUCUCCACCUCUGCAGUUUACUACCAAAAUAAACUAAAGCUAGCUUUAAUAGGCCAGAGUCUUUUUGGACAAGAAGUCUACCGGCAUUUACAAAAAGAAGGUCACAAAGUUGUGGGAGUCUUCACAAUCCCGGACAAAAAUGGAAAGGCUGAUCCUUUGGCAUCCGCUGCAGAAAAGGAUGGAACACCUGUGUUUAAGUUUCCAAGGUGGAGAGUUAAGGGCCAGCCUGUUCCAGAAGUCAUUGAUGCCUAUAAAUCAGUUGGCGCUGAGCUGAAUGUCCUUCCAUUCUGUUCACAGUUCAUUCCCAUGAAUGUUAUUGACAACCCAAAGCAUGGCUCUAUUAUUUACCAUCCAUCCAUUCUUCCCCGCCACAGAGGAGCAUCUGCCAUUAAUUGGACUUUAAUUCAUGGAGAUAAAAAGGCUGGGUUUACAGUUUUCUGGGCAGAUGAUGGUCUGGACACAGGGCCCAUUCUUCUGCAGAGGGAAUGUAAUGUUGGCCCAAAUGAUACCGUUGAUGAUCUGUAUAAUCGGUUCCUUUUCCCAGAGGGAAUAAAGGCUAUGGUAGAAGCUGUACAGCUCAUUGCUGAUGGCAAAGCUCCUCGUAUCACUCAGUCUGAAGAAGGGGCAACUUAUGAGGGCAUCCAGAAAAAAGAAAAUGCAGAGAUUCCCUGGGAUCAACCUGCAGCUGCUUUGCAUAACUGGAUCCGAGGACAUGAUAAAGUACCUGGAGCCUGGGCAAUAAUUGAUGGCCAGAUGGUUACUUUCUAUGGAUCCUCAUUGCUAGAAGGUUCAGCACCACCUGGUGAAGAACUGGCAAUAAAAGGUGCUGCAAAACCAGGAUUAGUAACUAAGAAUGGCCUAGUUCUGUUUGGCAAUGAUGGGAAAAUGUUGCUGAUAAGAAAUUUACAGUUUGAAGAUGGAAAAAUGAUCCCAGCAUCUAAAUAUUUCUCUGCUGAUGAGAUGUCUGCCCUAGAACUUACUGAAGAGGAGAAAAAGAUGGCAGAACAAAUCAAGUCCAUUUGGAAGGGGAUUUUGAGUAAUGUGGCUGUAAUGGAGGACACCACUGACUUCUUUAAAUCUGGAGCCUCUUCUAUGGAUGUUGUUAGGAUGAUUGAACAAAUCAAGGAAAAAUGUGGUGGACUUGAGCUACAGAAUGAAGAUGUCUAUAUGGCUCCAAAGCUUGGAGAUUUUAUCCAAAUGACUGUCAGAAAACACAGGGGAGAAGACAAAGAUGAGGAAUUAGUAAUAGAUUAUGUUUCAAAGGAAGUAAACCAAAUGACAGUGAAGAUGCCAUAUCAGUGUUUUAUCAAUGGACAGUUUGUAGAUGCUGAAGAUGGAAAAACAUGUGAUACUAUAAAUCCAACAGAUGGAUCAGUGAUUGCAAAAGUGUCACUUGCUUCAGUGAGUGAUGUUGACAAAGCAGUUGCAGCGGCAAAAGAUGCUUUUGAACAUGGUGAAUGGGGACGGAUGAAUGCAAGAGAAAGAGGGAAAUUGAUGUACAGACUUGCAGAUCUGAUGGAAGAACACCAAGAGGAGCUGGCAACCAUUGAGGCUAUUGAUUCAGGAGCUGUUUACACACUUGCUCUGAAAACCCACAUAGGAAUGUCAGUGCAAACAUUCCGAUAUUUUGCAGGAUGGUGUGACAAAAUACAGGGUUCUACUAUCCCAAUUAAUCAUGCACGUCCAAAUCAUAACUUAACUUUCACCAAGAAAGAACCCAUAGGAGUCUGUGCAAUUGUCAUUCCUUGGAAUUACCCCUUGAUGAUGCUCGCCUGGAAGAGUGCAUCAUGUUUGGCAGCUGGGAAUACUUUGGUUCUGAAACCAGCACAGGUCACUCCACUGACUGCCUUAAAGUUUGCAGAACUUUCUGCAAAAGCAGGAUUUCCCAAAGGUGUUAUCAAUAUUCUACCUGGUUCAGGUAGUUUAGGAGGACAACGCUUGUCAGAACACCCAGACGUUCGUAAACUUGGUUUCACUGGCUCAACACCAACUGGAAAGGAGAUCAUGAAGACUUGUGCUGUCAGCAACCUGAAGAAGGUUUCUCUAGAACUGGGUGGGAAAUCACCACUGAUCAUAUUUAAUGACUGUGAUCUUGACAAAGCUGUGAGAAUGGGCAUGGGAGCAGUUUUCUUCAAUAAAGGGGAAAACUGCAUUGCGGCUGGAAGACUCUUUGUGGAAGAAUCAAUUCAUGAUGAAUUUGUUAAAAGAGUGGUGGAGGAAACAAAAAAGAUGAAGAUUGGAGAUCCACUAGAUAGAUCUACCGAUCAUGGUCCACAAAACCAUAAAGCACAUUUGGAAAAACUUGUGGAAUACUGUGGAACUGGAGUGAAAGAAGGAGCUACACUAGUUUAUGGAGGACAACAAGUGCCUAGACCAGGCUUCUUCAUGGAACCUACCGUUUUCACAGAUGUUGAAGAUCAUAUGUACAUUGCGCGUGAAGAAUCUUUUGGUCCUAUAAUGAUAAUUUCCAAGUUUAAAGACGGGGAUGUUGAUGGGGUGUUAGAACGAGCCAACAGAACAGAAUACGGUCUGGCUUCAGGGGUCUUCACCAAAGAUAUAAGCAAAGCUCUGUAUAUCAGUGACAAACUUCAAGCUGGAACAGUUUUCAUUAACACCUAUAAUAAAACUGAUGUGGCAGCCCCAUUUGGUGGAUGUAAGCAAUCUGGCUUCGGAAAAGAUUUAGGUGAAGAAGCUCUUCAUGAGUAUUUGAAAAUAAAAGCAGUAACCGUGGAAUAUUAAGCAGUUCUGCUGUAGGUGACUAAGCUGUUCUCUUGUCAAUAAGUUCAAUGUUUAAAUAACUUCCUUAGCACAAGGCAGAUCAGAAUUAAAUGGCAAAAAUGUUAGUAUAGGACUUCUAGCAUUAAUACACAAACCAGAACCUCAUCCGCUGAGCAAAUGAAGACCAUUUGCAUUCACAGUAAGAACAAGAUAUUCUCUUUUAACCUCCAUUUGUGCCAAGGACUUUAUGAUUCAUAGAUUUGAAAUGUCUGAAGACUCUUCCCUAGUAUUUUUUUUGUCGUAGUCUCCACUGCAUGCAGUAAGCUUGAAUGUUCAUAUCAUGGCAUGCUGAAUACAACUGAGAACAGCAUCCUGAAACCUCUGAUCGCUUGAUUUUGCAGUGAACAUUUUAUCUAUGUGAGAAGCAAGUUUGCUGAUGUUCCUUACUUGUUCAAAAUAGUCGCAUGGAACUUAGGGCCAAAAACAGCCAUGAAAGUCCAGCUCAACGCUGGCUUGGGAGCACGGCAUUUAGACACAACGUGACCGAGUGGCCUGGAAGCCACGCCAGCUGGUUUCCGAGUGACUCAGGGGCAUGGCAUUCAGAUGCCACUGGCCCCAGAGCCAGCAAAAAGCCAGUUCUAAAGGUGAAGGGGCAGCUUUUUCCCACCCCAAAUAGGAGCAGAUUUUUUUCUGCUGCUAUUUGGGGGAGGGGGAGCUCACCAGAUUGGGGUUGCGGCAUGUGGUUGCUGCUGACCCAAUCUGGCUCUCUCAGGGGUGGCAUCAUGCUGCCUAUUUGAGGCCAUUUGUUUCGCCCCUUAGUUUCUUUUAAAAAGUGCUUUACACCAGCAUUAUGCUUCUCUCUUUCCAAUCUUUAUAAGGAUAGAAAACUGAUUCGCCACACAUUAAUUCAAGUACACUUAUGUUUUUUUUAGAAUUUUUAUUAAAUCUUUUAAAAUCACUACAAAGAGUCAUAAAACACCACAACAUACAUUACAAAAUAAAUUUCCAUCAUAAUACACAUACUUAAACAUAUUAUUUCAUCAUAUACUCAUCUUUAACUAUGCAAUCUGUCACUUUAACCUAUUUGGCAAUGAGGGCCUUCCGCUAUUUCCCCCUUUCAAUUCCAUCAACUUAUUACCGUUCAUUCUUCCCUUCUCUAUUAUCUCUUCCUCAAAAAAAAAAUUAUAUGCUUUCCUUUUUCCCUCUCUCCUUCCCUUCUGUUCCUCUCUCCUCCUCUUCUCUAUACUCUUUUGCCUUUCUUUUCAAAUCUUCACAAUCACUCUGUUUACUUCACUUACUCUUCAGCUCUCUUACUCUCACUUCAGUUACUUAGACCCUCAAUCAUUUUCUUAAACUCUCUGUACUUCUACUACAUUCAUACAUUACUUCCUUUCCAUCAUCUGCAAAUUUAUCUUAUCCUCUAUUACUGGCUUUCUAUCCUUAAUACGCAUUGCAGAUCGCACCUACUUAAUUAUUAUAAAUUCGAUUUGGCUGUUGUAGGGCUUACUCAUAUAGUUUUUUAUCUUUACUUGUCUUAUUAAAGAAAUAUAAUUUC